GGACUAAAUGCCUUGGGGAUACAGGCGCAUCGGCCACGCGCUGACUGCCUUCAGCUACUGCAUCGUCAGGCCUCUGCAUCACCCGCAGCUUCUGAACCGCAGCAUCAACGCGCUGGCCAAGCCUGGUUACUUGCGUCCUUGGGCCGGCCCCGUCAUUGUCUUUGCAGAUGUUCGCCGUCGCGGCGACUCGAUCCCCGGCGAAGCCCUUGAUAUCACCCCUCGCGAUGUCAACACUGUCGUGCGUUUACUAGAGACCCCCACCUGCGCAUGUGUUGCCGACCCUGGCCGCUACCUGGGCGGCGAGGUCGUCGCGGGCCUCCGCAUCAACGACAUCCGGACAGAGAUCAAUGUGGCGCUCGGCGUGGAUUGCGUGUUUGAGUCAACCUUGGUCCCGCGGUCUCCGGUCGAGUGCGCCGACCAUGUAAUUGCGAUAGCUCUUCUUCUGGGACUGCGCUGGUAUGUGUUCUUGCCCUCCAGUAUUCCUUUGGAAACCUUCCUCGCCGCGCGGCGACAGAGCAGCUAAUCGCUCCCGCGAAGGUACAUCCGUCCAGCAAACUACUACGCCGACGAACCAGGCAACACCAUUUGGAGCGAUGGCACCCUCCGCUACUUGGCCUACAUCUGCGACGUCCAGCGGACGGAG